UCUCCCAUCUUUUAUUUUUUUAUAGAAUACAUUGUAUGCGCCAGCACUACUCAAAACACAGUACUCUUGACGAAUAUUGCGAUCGCGGAAUAAGAAUUAAACGGAAUAGUUCUUCAAGGUACGGGGGCCGCCAUGUUCAGCGCAGACGUUGAGCCUGUUGCAGCACGUUGCCUGCUGCAUUUGAUUUAGCCUGGUUUGUUCAAAACGGAUCGGCAGAAGGUGCAACUGUCAGUCUGUCAGCAUCAAAGUCCCCGCCGACCAGCACAAAGAAACGCGAGCGGCUGUUCUGGGAUGGCGGCGACCGCCACUCGCUCCGUGGGGGGUCUGCCCAGCGGACUCGCAAUAUGCAUGACGCCGCCGGAUAUGUUCUACCUGCCCGAACUGGUGACGGGCGGUCUGGUGUGGAUCCUGGUGGCGUCCACCCACGUGCAGCCCGCCAACCCUCUGGGCUGGGUCAUGUUCGUGUCCGUCUUCUGCUUCGUCACGACCCUCGUGUGGGCGCUGGUCUUCGUGGCCGGAUGCCACAAGAACGCCCCGGUGUGGGUCGCGGCUGAUUUUGUCUAUCACGCUUUGGCCGCGUUGUUCUACCUCAGCGCCGGAGUCAAUUUAGCCUUCAUCACCUUUGUUAUGAAAUCAGCAGACUUCAGAAUCUACCAGAUUGACAUCGCCGCUGUGGUGUUUGCCUUCACGGCCACGCUGCUCUACUUCAUCCACGCCGUGCUGUCGUCGAUGCGGUGGAAAAACCUUUGAAAAGACAACGAUCAUCUCAACGAUCAACAUUUCAAUGACCUUAAAGUUCGCAUUUCAUCGCUAGCCUGCGAUAGCAUUUUUAGGGCUUCUUCUCGAUUGCUUUUAUAGUGUUGACAAAUAAAACG